AUGGAUCCCGACAAUGCAUUCACUUGUAUGACGUCAUUCGAUUGCAGCAAUUAUAAGUAUUCUCAUGAGUCAUCUAAUGAAAACCUCAGUAACAACUAUAAUAAUACAAGCAAAAAAAGGCAGAGUAUACAACAGCAGCAGCAUCAACAACCUUAUAUUUACAAGAUUCAUCAAAAAAUUCCUGGAAAUCAUCAAAUAUUCCUUGAGGAUUUGACAAAAGCUGCAAUCAUACAUGAUUAUAUUACAUCAUGUAUUGAAUGUGAUGAUAACAUGGAAAUAAAUGGUAAAUUAGACACACGUAAUAAAAGUUCAAAGGUGAAGCUAGAUUCUAAUAAUAAAGUUGGUUUGUAA